UGUUUGGCAAAACACUAGGGCAAAGAAACAGCAGCAACAAAAAAUGUGCCCUAUUUUGGAGAAGUGUGAAGCAUAGUGUGGGACUGUAUGAAAUCUGUCCUUGAGAUCUGAAAGUCCACCAUUAAAGGAGAACCAGCACACUAGCUGGAGGAACACUUAGGAUGUGGAGGCACACCAAAAGGUGAGGACACAAUUUCUGUUCCACCACUGUCUUAGCUGAGGAAUCCUGGGAAAUGUACCUAAACCCUGUGAGCCUAAUAGUCAUGAUCUGAAAAGGGACUGUGGAUACAAUCAUUUUUCGACUUCUGUGAGGAGGUCAAAAAACUCUAGUGAGUCUGCCCAACACUGAGCAAAUGCUGGUUGCUGCUGGGCAAGUGUUGGUUUACUUCUCACCCUGUUCUUUCCCUACCAUAGCAGGGAUGCCACUUCCAUGUACUCAACGGCAUAGCAAUGAUGUAGGCAGAAUUCCAAACCGACACAGGAAGUAAGUACCAUGUGAACACACAUGAUGUCAUAAAGGAUACUCACAACGGUUUCUUCGCGGGAGGAUCAGUUAAUACUGUGGUAGAGACGGAGGGGGAUCCCAGGCAGCCUGGGGAAGAGGCACCAGCUGAUUUCCGAUGCUCCUGGCUUUGAUUUUGUCAGAACGACGGUGAGACGGGGAUCGUGCUGAGAUGCAACCCUUCAAAUACGAUGAUGGUGAUAGCUCACCUCAAGGAAGAAAGAAAGUUUGGAGUUCUCUCCGAGGUAAUUUUGGCAGGAGGAACCCUCGUUAUGAACGUGGUGGAUAUGAGCCUCAGCCUUCACACCUCCAGGAGGAUGAUGGAAGUGUGCUGAUGAGAGAUGCCCGGGAGGACCCCCAAAUAAGACACACUCCCUAUAGCACCCGGCGUGACAAGAGGAGAGUGAAAUGGCAAAAUGAAGGCCAUAUCCAUAUUACUAUGUGGAGAGAUAGAAAAACUCCAAGGAGAGGAAUGGGGGAGAACACACAAGACGGAAACCCAGGGAGCUGGUUCAAGAUCACCAUUCCCUAUGGGAGAAAGUAUGACAAGACAUGGCUAAUGAAUUCAAUCCAGAGCCAUUGCAGUGUCCCCUUCACUCCAGUGGAUUUUCACUACGUGAAAAACCAGGCUCGGUUCUUUGUCCAGGGUGUUGGCACUGCCUCUGCACUGAAGGGUGUCAGCUACAAGAUUUAUGAUGAGGAGAACCGAAAGAUAACUAUCUUUGUCAAUCCCUCCUCUGUACCCUACUCUGUGAGGUAUAAGUUGGAGCCAGAAGAAAUGGAGCAGCUAAAGCUGACCAUGAACAAACGCUAUGACAUCUCCCAGCAAGCUCUUGACCUCCAGAGUCUCCGCUUUGACCCAGACUUGGUGGGCCAUGAUAUAGAUAUAAUCCUGAACCGAAGAAACUGCAUGACUGCCACCCUGCAGAUCAUAGAAGAAAAUUACCCCGAGCUGUUGUCCUUGAACUUGAGCAACAACAAACUGUAUGGGCUGGAUGGCCUGUCUGACAUCAUAGAGAUGGUCCCCACAGUCAAGAUCCUGAACCUCUCCAAAAAUGAACUGAAUGUGGUGUGGGAGUUAAACAAGAUGAAAGGGCUAGAGCUUGAAGAGCUUUGGCUAGAAGGGAACCCCCUGUGUGACACUUUUCCAGACCAGCCCACCUACAUAAGUGCCAUCAAGGACUGUUUUCCUAAGUUGCUACGCCUGGAUGGCCAGGAGUUAUCACCACCAGUUAUCACUGAUACUGACGCACCCUGCUUGUUAAAGCCCUGCAAGGAAAGCUACAAAGGAUCUGAUGCCCUGAAGAGUCUAGUCCUGCAGUUCCUGCAGCAGUACUAUUUGAUCUACGAUUCUGGAGACCGUCAGGGUCUCCUCGGUGCCUACCACGAAGAGGCCUGCUUCUCCCUGGCCAUUCCCUUCAGCCCUGAGGACUCAGCCCCAGGCAGCUUGUGCGAGUACUUCAAGGAAAGCAGGAAUAUGAAGAAGCCCAAGGACCCCUCCCUGUGUGUUCAGCCACUGAAACAUACAAAAUGUGACAUCGUGGGCUCCCUCUGUGUGCUGCCCAAAACACAGCACGAUCUCAGCUCCUUCUUGGUGGACAUGUGGUUCCAGACGGAGAAGAUGCUCUGCUUCUCUGUUAACGGGGUGUUCAAGGAGGUGGAGGGAAAGUCUCAGGGUUCUGUUCGAGCUUUCACCCGGACUUUCAUCGCCAUCCCUGCUGGCAAUUCCAGUCUGUGCAUCGUGAAUGAUGAGCUGUUUGUGAGAGAUGCCACCCCCAGUGAGACUCAGAAUGCGUUCUCCAACCAAGAGCCUACACUGACCUCCAGCUCCAUGCCCACCCUCUCCCAGGAGCAGCAGGAAAUGGUGUAUGCUUUCUCCACUCAGUCUGGGAUGAAACUCGAGUGGUCUCAGAAGUGCCUUCAGGACAACGAGUGGAACUAUACCAGAGCUGGUCAGGUCUUCACUAUGCUCAAGAAUGAGGGCAAGAUCCCAGAGGAGGCUUUCAAGCAAACCACCUAAAAGAAGCCUUAGAUGUCCACGUCAUCACUGUUUCUCUUUUCUCCAGCCUAAGGCUAUACCCAUGAGUGGGGAUGGAGGCCUGGCUGACCAAGAAAUCAAAAUUACCUUGCAGGCCAGGUAACAUAAGCACCUGAAGGAUCAGU